AUGUUGGAAGAUGUGCCUGUCCAUGGAAGUCGCUGUGAACAAAAAGUCACAAAAGCCCCCAUGCAUCAAAGAAAUUUUAGUUUGGACUUCAGACAUGUGACGGGCGCGAGCGGGCCGCCACCGGGAUGCGGCCAUCAGAGGAACAGAUCCUUGGACUCUGUUCUUCAGAGGAUACCAGAAGAUGUGACGCCGACGUCGCCGGAAGGUGCGCCGCUGCGAUUACCGCUUGAUGCACCCGCACCGAGGCUGGCUUUACCACCAGAAGUGCCCGCCGGUUCCGAUGACUCUGGUAUUCACACACCCCCCGAUGGCAACGAUGAUGACAGGCGACCGACGCCAGCUGCCGCGCGGUCGAGAGAAAGUCUUGAUUCUGGCAAUCCAGAAGACGUGGAUAAACCACCUGACCCACCUGACGCGACCGUCGAAACUGUCACGAGAUCAGAAGCUCACGCGGCUGAUACUUCGAAAAACAAAGACUUUCUACUUCGUCUAUUCGAAAGUACUCUAUUCGAUAUGAGUAUGGCGAUCUCGUAUCUGUUCAAGUCGAAAGAGGCCGGUGUACAGACUUAUUUAGCUAACAAAUUAUUUUCAUUCCCAAACGAAGACGUCGACUUUUACUUACCACAAUUAGCGACUAUGUAUAUAGAGAUAGAUGAUGUGGCGGACGUACUUCGACCUUACUUAGUGCACAGAUGUAAACAAAGCGCGGAGUUUUCGUUGCGCCUCGCGUGGUUGUUGACGGCUUUCGGUGGUGAUGUUAAAAGAUCAAAAGCAAUGAAGUUAAGAGACUCUAUAUUAGCGGAGAAGAUUAGGCCGGCGGCAAGGCGAGGCCAUCACAGGUCCCAGUCUGACGCGUCGGCUCUGAGGCUGGCGACUCCGGGGAAGCAUUUGGGUGACUUGGCAUCCGGACGUGCCUUUGACAAUGGAUGCCUUUGUGGAGAACAAUGUUCGUGCGGUGCACCAAGGCUAGCGCCGCAAAUUCAGUUCCUGAACUCGUUGACGAGCAUAGGACGUCGGCUGGCCGGUGUGGCGGACAAACAGUGCAGAACCGGGAAACUGCGCGCCGAACUGAUGACGUUAGAUUUGAACUUGCCAGCACGGGUCUGGUUACCGUUGCAUCACCGGCAGCAUUACGUACUCAGGAUACCACCGUAUGCUGCUGCAGUACUCAACAGUAAAGAUAAGGCUCCAUACAUAAUGUACGUGGAGGUGUUAGAGACGGACGGUCACGAGCCGUUACCGCCCCGCCUUCUACCACCCGCGCCCCCUGCGCCCCACUCCCCGCCCAUACGGCAUGCGAAGAGUGAGGAAAAUCUGGUGCUCGAGAGACCCGCCUUCUCACUUUACUCCGCCCUCGACGAUGCUGACGCUGGCGACUGCUGGAGCCACGACGAUGAUGAUCUUAGCACGCAGUAUGCGCCCCGAGCACCGGCGCCAGACAGCUUGUCGCAGGUGUCAGCGAUAUCGGCUUUGUCGACAUCAUCAUGCGGUUCGAGGGGCGGGGGAGGGGGUGAGUCUGUGGCAGUGGGGGCGGGAGAAGUGCGACGAAGAUUAGCCGACGCUACCGCGGCCCCUCCACCCAACACUUUCAGACAUGACCCAGCCGAUCCAUCCGCUACCGCGCUAAAGGAGUCCUGGGAGAGUAAGUUGCGUCGCAUGCGGGAAUCGUCGCCGUACGGUGGUCUCAGCGGGUGGAGACUGCUUGGCUGCAUUGUAAAAGUAGGCGAUGAUCUGCGACAGGAACUGCUAGCGGCGCAACUGCUGCGGAGGCUGCAGGCUGUGUGGGCAGCUGAACGGGUGCCGCUACAUCUGCAUCCGUACGAGAUAUUGUGUCUGGACAGGGAGUGUGGACUUAUACAGCCGGUCGUGAAUUCUGUAUCACUGCAUCAGAUCAAGAAGCAGUCUGGUAAAAGUCUGCGCGCGUGGUUAGAAUUGGAACAUGGUCCGCCAAAUAGUGAGGGAUUCCUGCGCGCCCAAGACAAGUUCGUUCGUUCCGCUGCAGCGUACGCACUCACUAGCUAUCUGCUGCAACUCAAAGACAGACACAAUGGAAACAUUUUGUUGGACAGCGAGGGUCACAUCGUCCACAUCGACUUUGGAUUUAUAUUUUCGAUAUCACCUAAAAAUCUGGGUUUCGAAAGCUCACCGUUCAAGUUAACGCGCGAGUUCGUGGAAGUGAUGGACGGCGAGUCGUCGGACAUGUUCCAGUAUUUCAAGAUCCUGAUCCUACGAGGUCUGAUCGCUGCCCGCAAGCACUGCGAACAGAUCAUACACAUUGUGGAACUAAUGCAAACAGGUGGUCAACUAGCGUGUCUACGCAGCAGUGGCGCAGUGUCAGCGUUCCGAGCGCGAUUCCAUCCGAACAGAACCGAACCUCAGCUGAGAGCGUUAGUUGAUUCACUCGUACAUUCAGCGUUACACUCGCUCUCAACACGCCUCUACGACAACUACCAGUAUUAUACCAACGGCAUUCUGUGA